GGGGAUUCUUCUUCUCACAAUUUCGAUCUGGAUCUCACCAAAAACGCAAACAAACACGAAAACAAAACCACGCGCCAAACCACGCAACACCAAAAAAAACAAAACACCCAAACAAAAAAGAUGACCUUUCUCCACUACCUUCCACUCCUCGCCUGGGCCGCCGCCCUCUCUUCCGCCCCCUCCGCGGACGCCGUCACGACGAGCGGGGACCCCAACGACCCCAAGUUCCUCGCAAACGUCGCCACCGACGCCCCCUUUUUCGUCUCGCUCUACCAGCGGGGGGACUGCGCCGGGACCAUCGUCGGCCGCCACCACGUCCUCACCGCGGCGCACUGCAUCGGGGACACCAGAAAGCCCCCCAAGACGAUCCUUUCCGACGGGACCUCGGUCCUGCCCAUCUCGGCCUACAUGAACCCCGACUGCCCCUACAACGUCCAGCGGGACGGGCCCAACAAGUGCGACCUCGCGGUCAUGGCCUACCGGGAGGACCUCUUCGAGAGGCUCUCCCCGCUCGCGGGAGGGGGCCAACCGCUGUCCCUCCCGGUCUUCUCCGGGAGCGACGAGGUCGGGAAAACGAUCACCAUCUACGGGUACGGCCUCUCCGGCGACGCGGGGCAGCUCACCGGGAACAACGGCUGCCGCAAGGCGGACGAGGACGGCCGCUUCCGCAGGGUCCAGAACGUCGUCACGAGCACCACCGGAAGCACGAGCGCCUCCGGCGGGGUCGUGCGCUACAAGAUGGACCGAACGAACGACGGGGGCCUGGCCCUCGAGGGCAUGGCCCAGGACGGGGACAGCGGGGGCGCGGCGACCGUCACCGUCGGCGGGGUCGUCUACCUCGCCGGGGCCAACAGCGGGACGAUGGAGAGAAACUCCUGCGACUACGGGUCGGUCGACGAGUACGUCCGGGUCUCGAGGCACCAUUCCUUCGUCUCCAAGGUCCUGCGGUGCGACGCGAGCAUCGGCCCGUGGAAGAACUGGGGGAACAACAACAACAACAACAACCAGCUGUGCAUCCCCAGCCCGACACCCGAUCCCGUCCCAAACCCAAAUCCCGUCCCAAGUCCCGUCCCAAACCCAAGCCCAAUUCCUAGCCCCACCCCCGGCCCCAUCCCGAACCCAAACCCAAAUCCCAACCCAAACCCAAAUCCCAACCCAGACCCAAUCCCAGACUGCCCCCUGACCGAAAAGAAGCAGAAAAAGUUCCGCAUCCGGUGGGACAACAGGAAGAUGAGGGGAACCUGCAAGAAGCUCUCGAAGCAGUCCGGGGAGGAUAUUGCCGAGAUUUGCAAGCAAAGGCUCCUCGGCAAGAAACACAAAAACAAAACGGUUGCCAACAUGUGUCCCGUGACCUGCGGCAAGGCCGGGGUGGGAGACUGCUCGCCCACGGAUCUCACAAGCCCAACCGAAAGCCCAACCGCAAGCCCGACCGCUAGCCCGACCGCAAGCCCAACCGCUAGCCCGACCGCGGCCUCAACCGCAACCACAACCUCAAACGACGACGACGACGACGACAGCAACGGCAACGGCAGCAGAAGCAUCAACAACAGCAACAAUGACAACAACGGCGGCACCGACGACGACGACGACGACGACAGCAACGGCAACGGCAGCAGAAGCAUCAACAACAGCAACAAUGACAACAACGGCGGCACCGACGACGACGACGACGACGAUGACGAUGACGAUGACGAUUUCCGUCGAGAAUGAAGUGAUCUGGUUGCGCACGAGAAAACGAUCCGAAUCCAUAAGAAACCAAAGUGAAGUGCCUACGUGAAGUGUAAAAAAAACGAUAAAAAGUUUUUUUAAACCAAAAUAUAAAUAAAAUUUAAUG